AUGUCGACGACGGCGACCAUCACCGCCACCACGACGAAGAGCGAAAAGCAGCAUGGCCAAGCACCAGACCUGUCCAAAUACCCCAAGCUGACACGAGAGCAGGCGGGACACCUACGCCACUUCCACAACCUGGUCACGCAGCCCGACAAUGACUGGAACUUGAUGGGAUCGCAGGAGCCGCUGCAGGAGUUCCUCGACGCGUACCGGUACCAGCUCGCGACGAUCGCCUACGCCGCAGGGCUCGCGCACUACCACCGGCAGCCGGCCCUACGCAGCGUCUACAAGAGGCUCAUCCGCCAGACGAUCCACAAGAUGCUCCUGCGUGCCGUGUGGGCGUACUGGUUCAACACGAGCAUGUCGGGGAUCGCCACCGAUCCGGAUCUGAAGGAGCUGAGGAAGCCAUGGGCUGACCCGGUCGUCAAGGAGAAUAUCAUGUACAGCGGUCAUUUGCUUAUGAUGGUCGCGUUGUACGGCAUGCUGUUUGACGACGACGAGUUUGAGAAGCGGGGUUCGUUGGAGUUUUCGUGGAAUCCCCUCUUCUUCGGCAUGGGCCCGGAGACGUUUUCGUAUAAUGCGGAGAGCUUGCAGGCUGCCAUCCUAAAGGAGAUGGAGGGGAACGGCUGGGCUGGAGUCUGCUGCGAGCCCAACUGCGUGUUCGUGGUCUGCAACCAGUUUCCGCUGAUCGGGGUGCGCCUGAGGGACGCUCGCCUGGGCACAUCGGUUAUAGAAGAGGUCCUGUACAAGUACAAAGCUGCCUGGGACAAGAAAGGGCUGGUCGGGUCCGAUGGCUUGCUGGCGGAUGUGUGGUUCGUCAAGCAGGACCGCACCGUUCGCGCCAAAGACCUUGGUUGGACGGCGUGGGGCUCGGCCUUUAUGAACGCCUGGAACGGCGCCCUGGUGAGGUCUCACUACGACGAGCAAGCUCUCGGAUACAUUACGAACAUCGGAGGUCAAGUGCGUCUGAACCCGCCUGCCGUCGGCAACGAGUUCAGGAGGCUGGUCACCGAGGACGGCGCGUCCCCCGACUCUCGCGAGACGUUCCAGGCGGCCGUCCGAAACGCAAAGGAGGUUGAGCCGGGCAAGAAGCCUCGCUUUCCCUACACGAAGCCAACGCUUGGGUACAUCAUCAAGUGGCUCUCGGAGCUGGGAAAAGACGCCGAGCUGACGGGCUUGCUCGACUACGCGGACAAGCGGCUGAAGCCUACCUGGGAGCGCGGCGGACUGUACUACCCCCGCAACGACCAGCCGUUUGACGAGGAGAUGAACUGGACGCACAUGGACCCCUUUUCCGGCAACGCGGCGAUCGGCUAUGCGCGGCUCAAUGUCGAGGACGGGCAAAAGAUUAUCUGGGAGCGUCCCUGGACCGCGCAAGAGGUUGCGGCGCGGCCGUUUGUUGACGCGGUCACGCUGGGCGACGGCGUCGACUUCUUGCGCGGCGAUUGGAGCGAGGAGGAGAAGACGCUGGUGCUCACUGUGCGGUCGUGGGAUGGUUCGACGAGGACCAUCAGGCCUGCUCUCAGGAACUUGGGGCCUGGGACGUGGAAGGUGUUUAUUGACGGUCAAUUUAGGUUGUCACGUGCGCUUUCGGCGGGAGAGGAUAUUGAUUUGGAAGUUCAAGUUGGGUGGAGGGAUCUUGAUAUUGUCGCUGUCAAGCAGCUUUGA